AUGUCUGAUAACUCUUAUAAUCGUGCUGUAGAUUCGGAUCCACAGCCACGAAUAUUCUCCAGAAAACCUACUGGUAGCCAAACAAAUCACCCUUCUCCAAGUACUAGUGCACAUGAAGUUGACAAAAGAUCAAGAGUGAAUAGAGGACACAAACGUAAAUUAAAAGGAGAUACUGGAACUACUAGAACCGAAAGGAAAAUUAAACGAAAUAUAGGAAAGUCUUAUAUUACCUUGAAAGGAAAAAGUGUACAGAAAAAGAAGGUAUCCUAUAUUGCCAGCUUAAUCGAAAUUAAGGACAAGAAGACUACGAGAAAGCGAUAUAAUGAUUCUGAUAAACAACACACUAGGGAUAUUACUAUUUACUUUCAUCUCCAGGAACCUAUGCUCUUGCGAAGAGAAAAACUGACGAUGAAAUUGACUCAUAUACUGUCUAUACAUAUUUAUGUAUCUCGUAAAAUAUUCGAUAAAGAGUUUUACAAUAUAGACAUAAAGAUUAAACAGCCUAACAAAGAUACUUGUCAAACAUGCGAUAAGCUUGCUAGAGAAAUUGACUUGGAGGUGGACAAAACAACACUGAAAGAACACCUAGACUUACAUCAUAUUAAAGGAGAUUACGCAUAUAAAUCUAAAGUCAAUGACAAAGAUUUAUCAAAUAAUGAUCCAAGUCGACAAACUAUCACGUUUGAUAUGCAACAGUGCCUUCCAACACCAAUUGUACAAAGUUCUCUGUCCAUUAACUUUCCCAAAGAUGUGAUGAAGAAAUUGAUGGAUGCAACGCAAAAAUGCAUAAAACAAUCCAAAGUGGAUGUUACGGAUGUAAUGAAUAUGAAUAAGGGAAAAUUUGAUAAUGAUCCUAAAAUAAAAACUCAUUUACUAUGUGUUAAUAAAGUAAUUGGUACACAAAAUGAUAAAGGCGAAUUCCAAAUAGAUUUAUUGAGACCAACAUUUCAAAAAAUGAUUAAAGAUGAUAAAAAGACUGAAGUUAUGUUAAAAAAAUGUUUCAAGCAAUUGAGUACACCUGAAGAGAGUGCUUUCGAAAGUGCUAAAUGUGUAAAUGAUUUCUUACCUUCUCAACAUAAAUAAUGAUUUCAUGAAAAUAGGAUUUAAAAAACGGCUUCAGUUUUAUUAUGAAUAUUUGUUUAAUUCAUAUCUAGACUGUAUUAUGAAAUAUAUAAAUAAAUAUGAAUAUAUUUAUUUACUUUCUCUUAAAGUUAUAGGAAUUGGUAUUGUUUGUUAUAUUGUCGGUCCAUUGUUUUUAAAAGUCUUCUAAGAACCCAACGGUUCCAAUCCAUAAUGUUAAGACAAGGACUCAUGUCUUUGGAAGCCAGAGCCUCUCUGUGGAUCAUGCGAUGGGUCCAAACACAUUUCGGAGAUUUUUGUUUCACAAGUAUCUAUACACUUUGGAAUCUUCCAGACAUUGUAUGAGUACCAUCGGUGCAUAUUCUAACGCAAUUCUUCCACUCUAUGUUUGUCUCAUUAAUAAAAUA